AGGUUGGGCACUUGGCUAGAUUAGGAUUUCGUAGUUGUGAAAGAUCUCUUGGGGAGCUGUUACCCAGCCCUGGCCUGAGACCCUGGACUACUUUUGGAGUCGGGGCCCAACCUGCUGAGCCAGGCCGCCCACUCCUUGCAUCUGGAUCCUGGCCUAUGACUCGAGUCCCCGCCUCAUCCAGUCCACGGCCCGCCCUCCGUGCACCUAAUACUCCGCCAUCAGCCUGGCGGCUAGGCUGUGCAGGGCGCCCCAGAAGUCAUGGAGGUCUUGGUCCUGGCCAGAUACCGUGCUCAGACAGAGGACGAGCUGAGUCUGGAACCGGGGGAUUUGGUCCGGCAGGUGCGCGCGGGGCCAGCUUGGGGUUGGCUGCAUGGGGAGCUGCGGGGCCGCCUUGGUCUCUUCCCCAGGCGCCUAGUGCAGGAGAUUCCCGAGGCCCUGCGGGGCGUCACUGAGCCCAGACCGCGCUGUGCGCGUCUCCGCGGUCAUCCUGUCAGCUCUCGAGGCCCCCAAAUAUGGUGCAAAGUGAAGUUCAACUACAGUCCAGAGCAGGCAGACGAGCUGAAGCUUCAAACUGGGGAGAUUGUGGAAGUGAUAAAGGAGAUUGAGGACGGCUGGUGGCUGGGGAAGAAGAACGGGCAGUUGGGAGCCUUCCCAUCCAACUUUGUGGAAUUGCUGGACAGUGGGUCCCCAAGCCUUGGAAACACAGACAUGCCUUCAAUCCACCCUAAUCCACAGAGACCUCCUAAGCUGAGCAGCUUGACCUAUGACAGCCCUCCAGACUACCUGCGGACAGCUCCCUGCCCUGAGACCUGCAGGGUUCUGUUUGACUACCAGCCUGAGGCCCCCGACGAGCUGGCGCUGCACAAGGGAGACCUGGUGAAAGUUCUGAGAAAGACAACAGAGGAUAAGGGCUGGUGGGAAGGAGAAUGCCAAGGCAGAAGAGGAGUUUUCCCAGACAACUUUGUGCUCCCACCACCCCCAGUCAGGAAGCUGAUCCCACGGAAAAUUAUAUCUCGGGACUCAGCUUCUAUUAAGGAAUCAAAAAAGUUGACACCCAGAUCAUCCCUACCCACCAUGAAGAAGCUGGUAGCCAUUCCCUCUGCACCAAGCAAAGCCAAGACAUCGUCAACACCCAGUGGGGACAGCCAGAAACAGCCGUCCCGAGACUCUGGCUCCAAUGGCAGUUUCCUCACUAGGGGGCCCAGGCAGCCUGGGAGAAAGCGGUACAGAAAUCAGGCUUCUAAUGGGCACUCCACAUCCACUCAGGACGACGAACAGAAAAGCCCCGGAAAGCCCCUCACUAUGAAUAGGGCCUCCACUCCAGAUAAGACCCGGCUUCCAGCGAGGAUCUCGGCACCUCACAAAGGCUCCACCCCAAAGGACCCUGCUCCAGAGAAAGCCCCGGAAUCUGACAGAACUCCCCCUGCAGAGAAUACCACUCUGGCCAAGGCUGCCACUCCAGAGGGUGUCCUUUCUGUGGAUGAGGCCCCUGCCGUAGAAGCCCCAGCCAAGGAUGAAGCCCUUGAGCCAAAGAUGGCCCUUCAUGUGGACAACGGCCCUGCACUAGUAAAGAUAUUGACGCCGGAGCACAUGGUUUUUGAAAAGGACCCUUCCAGAGACAACACUGAAUGCCAGCAUUUGGCUCAGGAAGAAGCCACACAGGGGAGGGAGUCUCUUGCAUCAUCCCCAAAUGCCACCCAGGUGCCAGGAGAGUACCCCCAUCAGCCUAACUCCUUAGAGAGAUGCUGCUGUCAGAUGAACCGGGGGGACAGCUCUCCAGCCCAGUCCAAGGCUGAGCAUCAGUCUACUGUAGAAGAAGACUAUUUUCUGGAGGGGCCACCAGCCAAACACGAGGCAACCCCGAACGAGGCACCCCCCAAUGAAGAGCUGCCUUCUGAAGGGGUGGGUCCCCAAAAGCAGGUGCCUCCCAAAGAGUCUGUACCGACUCCCCAAGUACCACAUACUGUCAACCAGAUUCCAGGCCCAGAAGAAGAAGCUCCCACACUUUAUCCCGUGGCCUCACUAAUCUCUUCCAAAAGCAAGAAUGGCAACGUGGAUAUAGAGUCGUUAAAGGAGGAGGUGUGGUCAUUAAAGAGUGCCCUGGAGCUUCUGGAGUCGAAGAUGGAACAGAAGAUGAAUGUUGUCUGGGACGAGCUGAAGACUGAGAAGGAGAAGCUCCAGGCGCUAGAGGUUCAGAUGAUGCAGAAGAACCCAAAGUCCUUCAAACACGAGCAGACACAGACGGAAUGAGGGUGGGUUUAGGCAAAACCUCAGCCCGACCCGGAGGGACGUCCAUCCAGCUCCGGCCUACCCGUUCCUUGCACGUAACUUUUGAGAACCGCCAAGGAAGUAAAAACUCUGAACUCAGACCAGCCUGGUCCCGAGUGGGGCGGGACCAGCCAGCACACCGCCCCUCCGCAUUCCUGGUGCUCUCUCUUGGCCACAUCUGGCCAACAUGUGGCUCCCAUUACCAUACUCAAGGCCUGUGCAAGGCUAUUUUUAUCCACCGGAUGGUUGGGGGCGGGGGUAGUCUCCUUCGGACGUCAGCCCUGCGCUGGAUGCGUGCGGGGUGCAGGGGCCAGGACCCUCUACUGAAUUCAGGAACCCAGCUGUGUGGUAGGGGGGCGGAGCCAGCCUUCUCUGAGCCCCGGCUCCUCCCAGUUAGCCUCUGCCCAAAGGAACUCACUCCUCUGUCCACUCACUUGGAAUGAUUCCUGGCCCAGAAGCGUACUCUGCUCUGUUGAGGCACUAAAGUCUAAUAGAAUUAGCAUCAAGGUCAGAGCCUUAGGCCUCCCUGUGUGACUGCAAUGACGUCCCAGGGCAGGUCAUAGGGCAGACGACAUUUGUCCAAGCCUUGC